AUGAGGGCCAAGCAAGUGAACUUGCUGACGGCGCUCAUCGCUGUCAUCCUCUUCAGCUUCUCCUGUUUCUGCAUCUCCAGGAUGACUCAGAUCAGAAAUCAAUUAAUUAAUUGCAGAAACCAUAUUUUGGAGUUUAAGGAAAGUUUUCUACGUUUACAAAACAAAACUGAAAGCAAUCGCCAACAGCUGAUGGAAGCCUUCAGUAAAAUAAAGUAUGACAACAGACAGAGUGGAAAUGCAUCCGUAAACUUAGGUGAGAAGGAAGUGAAUACAUUGGAUAAGAAUAAAACAGUGUCCAAUACAUUUGAAGUCUUAAAGUUCUUUCUCCCUCAUCUGAAGAAAGUAGACAGAAUUUAUCCUAAUGUAAUCAUCAGCAAAAAGAAAAAAGGCGUAUCUUUUGCACUUGGCAUUUCCACUGUUAAGAGACGAAAUCAUAGUUACCUGAAGCAAACGCUGACCUCACUUAUUUCCAGGAUGACACUUUUGGAGCAGAAGGACUCUGUAAUGAUCAUCUCUAUUGCAGAUAGUAACAAAGAGUAUUCAAAAUCUGUUGUUGACAUGAUUAGAAAAACAUUCAAAAGGCAAGUGAAGUCUGGAUCCUUAGAGGUCAUUUCAAUACCUGCCUUUUUUUAUCCAGACAUGUUACAUGCCAUGCAAUCAACUGAGGAUUUACAAACACUAAAGAGUUGGCGAAUGAAACAAGUUUUGGAUUUUUGUUUUUUGAUGCUGUAUGCCCAACCCAAGGCCAUGUAUUAUCUACAGCUAGAAGAUGACAUCAUAGCUAAAAAGAUGUACUUUACAAAAAUCACAGAUUUUGUUCAUAGUAUCACUUCAAAUAAUUGGUUUUAUAUUGAGUUUUCAGUUCUUGGAUUCAUAGGAAAGCUAUUUAAAUCUGAGGACUUAACUGACUUCAUACGAUUUUUUUUAAUGUUCCACAAAGAUAGACCCAUAGACUGGCUGUUGGAGGACAUUUUUAAGGUGAAGGUGUGUAACCCAGGAGAAACUUUUGAGAAAUGUGUAGAAAGAAAUAAGCAAAUUCGUAUUCAAUAUAGACCUUCCCUUUUCCAGCAUGUGGGCAUACAGUCAUCACAUCAUGGAACUAAACAAUAUUUAAAAGAAAUAUGA